AUGCCCCGACCAAAGCGCACUAUUGAGGAAUUGGCGAACAAGUCGGACUCGGAUGACGAGAAUUACAGCGAUCGUCCGGUGCGCUCAUCUCGCCAGUCCGCUCGAUCGAAGUCGAGGAAGAAGCCGAAGCCAACGAAAAAGAGAGCGCGCCGCCAUUCGAACGACGACAUCACAUCCGAUGACGAUGAUAUUCUAGAUGAUGUGGACGAGCUCGACUUCGAUGAUGAGGAUGAAGAAGACCCGAACGCCCCGAAGAAUGCAAGAGGCCUUACCGCUCGGAAGGCUGCCACUAAUCGGCCGGUAUAUAACGAGGGCGAUUCUAGCAGCGUCGACGAUGAUUUCGAAGAGGAGGAUGACUCCGAGCCCACCCGUUCGCCGAAGAAACGCAAAAGCACCGUCGUGACAUUGAAAGUGAAUGCUCUCAAACGCCAGCCUCUCCCUGAAAGCGGCAGGCGGAUGACUCGCCGUACUCGCGACCCCUCAGAGGAUAUCGUCGCUCUCACGAACUCCGGUCGCCAUAUGGAGCUCGUGGAGCGAGGUACACACAGUCCGGAGAUGGAAGCGCGGAGAAGCCGGCGUGGGUCUCGCGCCUCGAAACGUCUCAAUUUUGGGCCUGAAAAAGUUGAAAUCGAUGAGAAACCGGAGGUGUUCGAGCCCAUAGAGGAGACUUCGAUGGAGGUCAAGGCUUCGCAGCCAGAAAUCAUGGAAAGCGAUCACCAAGGAGAUUUUGAGGAAGGUGUUCCAUCGGGGCAGGACAGUGGCGAAGGUGCAGCAGAAGCCGACGAAGUUGGAGUUGUGCCCGAAUCUGAGAACGGCGAUGUGAAGCAUCAGGAGGAGGAUGAUGAAGACGACGAAGGUCCAACAACGCGGAGGAGGAGGGGCAAGCCCAGUCGAAGUCAGCCCACUGAAGAGGCGCAGCCGGACGAAGAGGAGGACGCACACCCACGUCGUUCCGGCCGCAAGAAACCCAGAAGCUCUCAGCGAAAGCGACAAGACGAUGAGAGCGAUUUUGAACCUGAGGAAGACGAGUCGAAUGACGACGAUGAUGAGGAGCGCUCUCUGUCCGGAAAAUCACAUGGAUCACCGCGCAAAGCCAGUCAAGCUCGAGAUGACGAGGAACAGGAUAGCACCGCCGGUCGGCGCCCUGGUCUACGCAAGAGAGCUUCUCGCUCCCGUGGACAGUCCGAAGUACGAGGGGAUAUUGCUGAGGAGCUUGCAGAGGAGUUGGAAGAUCUCAGAGGAGAUCGACCCCGCAGAAGGCUUCAGACAGAUAUCGUUUACGAGAAACCAAGGCGCAGCCGGAAGGACGUCGACUACCGGAUCAUUCGUCCAGACCUCAUCCUGCCAAUCGAGGAAGCCGAGAAUGAGGUCAACGAGUCGCCUUCACGGCGAGGUCGGGGAGGCGGAGGCAGCAGUUGGCAGCGCACACUUUUCCCAACCUAUGGACCUUUUGGAGGAGGCGGGCCACCAGCGAUCCUGGCUCCUCCUGGCGCACCUGCUGCAACAGGGGGUGUUGACAGCGAUAGUAGCGAUGAUGAAGUAAUGCAACACCCCAAAACUGGCGGCUCCGUGUCUGGACCCCCAGGUGCAGGUCUUCUGCCUUCAGCACAAACCCACGGAGCCGAUCCUCUACAAGGGCCAUCCGGAACACCUGCUAAUUUAGGAAAAAUCAAGGAUAAGCAGGCGCUUGCUGACGCCGAUCCCUUGGGUGUUGACGUUAAUGUCAAUUUCGACAGUGUUGGUGGCCUACAGGGGCAUAUCGACCAGUUGAAAGAGAUGGUUUCCCUUCCACUCCUUUACCCCGAGAUUUUCCAACGUUUUCACAUCGUGCCGCCAAGGGGUGUCCUCUUCCACGGACCCCCUGGGACAGGUAAAACGCUGUUGGCAAGGGCCUUGGCCAACAGUGUUAGCUCCGAGGGCCGCAAAGUUACAUUCUACAUGAGAAAGGGUGCAGAUGCACUGAGUAAAUGGGUCGGUGAGGCUGAAAGGCAGCUCCGGCUGUUGUUUGAAGAGGCUCGAAAAACUCAACCCAGCAUCAUCUUUUUUGACGAAAUAGAUGGACUGGCCCCCGUGAGAUCAAGCAAGCAGGAACAGAUUCAUGCCUCCAUCGUGUCGACCCUGUUGGCUUUAAUGGAUGGGAUGGAUGGCCGUGGCCAAGUGAUUGUCAUUGGAGCUACAAAUCGACCGGACUCUAUUGACCCUGCUUUGCGUCGCCCUGGCCGCUUCGAUCGCGAGUUUUACUUCCCUUUGCCCAAUACAGAAGGCCGGCGUGCAAUCUUGGAUAUCCAUACCAAAGGUUGGGAUCCACCGCUCCCUGAUCACAUCAAGGACGAACUGGCGGAGAUCACAAAGGGCUACGGCGGAGCCGAUCUUCGUGCUCUUUGUACAGAGGCUGCUCUCAACGCGGUUCAGAGAAGAUAUCCCCAGAUUUACAAGUCAGAUCAGAAGCUUCUCAUCGAUCCUAAGAAGAUUGAUGUCACUCCGAAGGACUUCAUGCUGGCUAUAAAGAAGAUUGUCCCUUCAUCUGAGAGAUCUGCCUCCUCUGGUGCUACUCCUCUACCCAAGACCGUGGAGCCUUUGCUUCGUCGACCGUUCUCCGAUAUCAAAACCAUUUUGUCCGAAAUACUCCCACAAAGAAAGAGGCUCACAGCUCUCGAGGAAGCUCAAUUUGAGGAACCCGAAGGGCCAAAAGGCUUUCGACGUGAGCAGAUGCAGCAAGAGUUUGAUAUUUCCAGAGUGUACCGACCCAGGAUGUUGGUGCGUGGGCCUUUCGGCAUGGGCCAGCAACAUCUUGCAGGCGCCAUCCUCCACCAUUUCGAGGGUCUGCACGUUCAAGCUUUCGACCUUCCGACCCUGCUCAGUGACUCAACCAGGUCUCCCGAAGCAGCCGUCAUACAACUCUUCCAAGAGGUCAAGAGGCACAAGCCCAGCGUAAUAUACAUUCCAAACCUUCAGUCUUGGCUUAAUACCGUUGGGCCGACUGUCAUAUCUACUCUCUUGGGCCUUUUACGGUCUGUUCCCCCUUCAGAUCCUGUUCUCCUGUUCGGAGUCUUGGAAUCGACUGGUGAAGAGGUGGAUAAUGGGCUGCUGAGCAACAUGUUUGGGUUCUCGAAGAAGAACUUUUACGACCUAAAGGCCCCGGAUUAUGACGCUCGAUAUGAGUUUUUCGGUAGGGUGAUCGACUACGUCAAGACCCCGCCGUCCGAUUUUCCGGAUCCCGAAAAUCGUAAAAGGAGAGAACUCGAGACACUGGAGGUUGCACCUCCUCCUCCACCGAAGCCCGCACCGCCCCCGACCAAGGAGCAACUCAAGGCCCAGAAGAAGAAAGAUCACCAGACCCUGAAUUUGCUAAAGAUCAGGAUCCAGCCCAUCAUGGACCAGAUCAAGAAAUACAAGAGGUUCAGGACAGGUGUAAUUGACGAGUCACAGAUCCGGUACCUGUGGGAAGAGGAUGAUCCGAACAUAGUUACUAGCGACUUGCCCAUUGAGCAGCGAACAACGUUCAGGCCCUUUGAAAAGGCUUUCGAUAAGCAUGGGGUCCCGGGUCUCCGGGAAACUGUUUCGGGAAAGUUUUUCUACAAUAUGGAAAUUGUCACUAUCGAAAAGAGACUUUCCAAUGGUUACUAUAAGCGGCCUAAGGAUUUCCUGGCUGAUAUCAAGCGCUUGGCAAAGGACGCGCGGCAGCUAGGCGACCAAGAGAGGUUGUUGCGAGCCAACGAACUUCUCUCUAACGUCGAGGUCGACAUUGCCACAAUCGAGCAGGCGGAGCCCGCCUUAGUCGCGGAAUGUGAGAAUGUUUAUCUGCGGGAGCUGGAGAGGGAGAAGCUCGCAGCAGAACAGGCGAAGAAAGCCGCGGGUGAAGGAGGCUAUUCCCGUCUCUCAGCGACCGGCAAUGUUCCCCACGGCAAUACAGACUCCGGCCCUUCAAGCGGACCUGUGGUGCUUGGUGAAUCUUUCCCGGAUGGGCAAGCUCGUCCGCAGACACCGACGCGGCGCUCGGCCGUGAGCUUUCUCACCAACGGUUAUCAUGAAGGUGGUGGCUCGGAUCUGAAUGAUCUUAGUAACCAUGCCACGAUCAGUAAUGGGUCCCACGAGUCUCGCGGCGAUGGAGAUGGAGACGGAGAUGUUUAUAUGACUAAUUCGGAAGAUCAUUCUGGGGAGAGAGAGACGCAGGGUAGUUCUUUCGGACCCUCCGCCCAACCCCGGCCGCCGUACUCGCACACGGCGCCUUCGCAGCAAGUGAGACGUGAAUCGGGAUUCUCAAGUCUGUCUCAAAAAGGACCAAUGACUCCAAUGGCCCCGGGAUCACAGCCGAAUGACUAUACAAACGAGGCAUCUACCACGCAGACUACCUCGGACAAGAAGUCCUCCGUACAGUCCUCCGUGCCGCAAAAUCUCACCCAGAGCCCUAUGGCUGCGCAUGGGCUGCGGCACGACUUCCCUGAUCUCACUCAAUACCCCGACCGUGUGUCGCAGGAGGAACAUCUCCCGGAUACGCAGCAGCCGGAAAGUAGCCAGCCCUCUCCGCAUCCCCGCGAGUCCUUGCCAGGACACGCAGACUUUGCUGCCGGGGAGAGCCAAUCCCAGCCCAAGCAUCAACCCCCUGUGCCCUUGUUUGAGGCGCCUGUCAAGCAGCCCUCUCAUGUCCCCACGGCUCUCCAGUCAUUGCUCAACAACGAAGAUCUUUCUCCAAAAGUGUCACUUGAGCACGAACUUAUCGACAACUUACACAACCAACUAACGCAACGAACCAGUGGGUGCUCGGUCGAGCAGCUGGAGCAGAUCAAUAGCAACUUGAUGGACUAUAUCUGGCGGAUGCGAGGGGAGUGGAACCGCAACAAGGUUGCGGCUGGUAUCAGGGAUACCUUCAAUGAAGUUCUGGAGGACAUGCAGGCGAUGCAGGAGAUCGGCCCUAUCAGUCAAAGAACAAAGGAGCAGUUGGGGGCUGAUAUCUUCCACGCUUAG